AUGGCGGCUGCGGCGGGGGCGGCGCCGAGCGGCGGCCCGGUAUUUAAGAGUGGCCCUCUCUUCAUAUCAUCCAAAGGAAUUGGAUGGAAAUCUUGGAAAAAGCGUUGGUUCAUUCUCACCCGAACAUCGCUGAUUUUCUUCAAGAAUGACCCUAAUUCCUUACCCCAAAGAGGUGGUGAAGUGAAUGUUACUUUGGGAGGAAUUGACUUGAAUAAUUCUGGGAGUGUAGUGGUCAGGGAAGACAAGAAGUUAUUGACUGUCCUAUUUCCAGAUGGUCGUGAUGGUCGUGCUUUUACCUUGAAGGCAGAAACAUCUGAAGAUUUGCUUGAGUGGAAAACGGCAUUGGAAGAAGCUCUUGCACAGGCUCCAAAUGCAGCUCUCGUGAUUGGACAUAAUGGGAUAUUCCGUAAUGACACACCAGAUGCAUACGAAGGAGCAGCUCCAAAUUGGAGAGAGAAGAGGCCUACCAAAUCCUUGGUUGUUGGAAGGCCAAUUCUUCUUGCACUAGAAGAUAUUGAUGGCAGCCCUUCUUUUCUAGAAAAAGCUUUGUGUUUUCUUGAGAAACAUGGGAUAAAGGUGGAGGGAAUUUUGCGUCAGGCUGCAGAUGUGGAGGAGGUUGACAGAAGAAUGAAUGAAUAUGAGCAAGGCAGGACUGAGUUUGCACCGGAUGAGGAUGCUCAUGUUGUCGGUGACUGUGUAAAGCAUGUUCUGCGUGAGCUACCGUCUUCUCCAGUGCCUGCUUCCUGCUGCACAGCAUUAUUAGAAGCUUUCCGUCUAGAGAGUAAGGAAUCUCGGAUAAAUUCGAUGCGUGCAGCGAUGUCUGAGACAUUUCCCGAGCCUAAUAGGCGGCUGCUACAGAGAAUUUUGAGGAUGAUGUACACUGUUGCUUCUCAUACUACUGAGAAUCGAAUGACUCCAUCAGCAGUUGCUGCUUGUAUGGCUCCUCUCUUGCUGCGUCCACUUCUGGCGGGUGAAUGUGAGAUGGAAGAUGACAUAGACAUGAGUGAUGACAGUUCUGCUCAGCUUAUAGCUGCUGCAAAUGCUGCUAACAAUGCUCAAUGCAUUGUCACAACUCUAUUAGAGGAAUAUGAGAGCAUAUUUGAUGAUGAACACCCAAGGUGUUCCCUCUCACCUGAUUCUCGAAUUCAAGAUAGUGGAAGUGAAGAGUCUACAGAUGAUGAAACUGUGGAUGCCAAAGAUAAUGGGUUUCAUGAUGCAGAGAAUGAUGUAGAUCAAGAAUUAGAUGAGCGUAUACUGAGUGGAAACUUGAGUGAAAGCAGUGCACGUACUGGUGCUGACCUCUAUGACUACCAGGUAGACCCUGGUGAUUCAGACGCCGAACGUUUUGUCACAGAUAAGGCUUUGGAAGCAAAGUCAGAUUUAAAGGAUGCUCCACACAGCCAUUUAAAUCAAAAUGGAACGAUAAAUGUCCAGAGAUUACCGAAUGGAAAUGAUCCAACAAAUCUGGCUUCCAGUCAUGAGUCUCCAUUGUCAAUGGGAGAGAUUCUUUCGUCUUUGGAUGCAGGAGUUCCUUUAUCUGGUCCUGGAGCUGAACAUUCUGCAGAUAGGCAGUCCAUCAAGUCCAAUGAAACUCAGUUACAUGUGAAGCGUUCUAAUAUUUGGGGACGGAGUAAUGCAAGAAAGAGCCAGCAGUCAGAGUUUGCUGAUUCAUCGGGUGAAGAAGAGCUUGCUAUCCAAAGACUUGAGAUUGCAAAGAAUGAUCUGCAAAUUAGGAUUGCGAAAGAGACUAGAGGUAAUGCAAUCUUACAGGCUAGUUUGGAAAGAAGAAAGCAAGCUCUGCAUGAGCGCCGUUUGGUGCUGGAACAAGAUGUAUCAAGGUUGCAAGAGCAGCUGCAGGCUGAAAGGGAUCUUAGAGCUGCAUUAGAAGUUGGAUUAAGCAUGUCUUCUGCGCAAUUUUCUGGUUCACGUGCUAUGGACUCUAAGACAAAGGCAGAGCUUGAGGAGAUUGCUCUCGCAGAAGCUGAUGUUGCAAGGUUAAAGCAGAAGGUUGCAGAGCUGCAUGUCCAACUUAGUCAACAGCGCCAACACCAGUACGACUCUUUUGUAGAUGAGAAUGACCGUUAUCAGCAUCGUCCAAGUCAUCUCCCACAGAGCUUUGUUCAACCAGGGUUUGAUACUAAACUUGCUUUCUGUAAUCAAGAGAAGAAGCAGAGGAACGAACUAAGAAUUGAAGCCACGUUAACUUUCUGGCAGGAGAGCUUGUCGGGCGCAUCACACUGGAGAAGUAUCAAACAGCACGUGCUGAACCAGGCUUCUUCGAAGCCCUUCUCCCGCAAGCACUCCCUGGAUGCCUCUUCGAGCGAUUCAAGGGAGGUGUCGUCAAGCAUGCCAGUGGAGAGCGGUUCGAUGUCUGCGAACAAUCCAAGAGCAGGGGAGGCUGUCGAGUACGGGAGACAACCGCCCAUGCCGUCGUCCACCCUGGUUGAGCUGACGACCAGACUGGAUUUCUUCAAAGAACGGAGGUCGCAGUUGAUGGAACAGCUCCACAGUCUUGAUUUGGGACAUGGAUCCGCGCCGCAUGGUUUUCAGUACAAGUCUUCGUCACCUUGGAACAGUCCGAGAUAG